AGAGAGAGAGGGGAUGUCUGAGGGGUGUAGGGGAACCGGUGGGACAGGAGAGAGGCCGAGGACGACCGACUGCUUGAAACACUAGUUUGAUAAAAAAUACUCCCUUUUAAGAAUAUAUUUGUGCAAGUUUGUCAGCGGCCGAAAAAGUUCGGAGCGCUUUUUUUUUGCCGUGCGCAUUUUCUCGUUCUUGCGGAUUUGCGGACAGUGUCCGGAUCAACCAAAACCACAGAAGAAGAAGUAAAGCUACAAGACUUCUGAGAAGUUUCUACAUUCUGUUUCUAUUCAAGAUAAACAAAUAAGGGAAGCGAAACGACGGGAUCCGCUUGACUUUAUUUGGCUCAUCUUUGGAUAAAUCUCCGCACUCUUCGGCCGGAGGCGCAUUCAAACUUUUUCUUCCCACCGUAUCAACUUUGGGCUUCUCGGAGCGGCGGAGAUGCGGUGAUGGAGUCCUGGGACGUUCCCAACGUGACUGCUCUUCUGCUGAAGCACAUCCUCGGAGGGAGAAACGCCAUGAGCGGGUCCAAGUGGUUCUUUCUGGUCCUCGCCGUCUUAUUCUGCGCCUGGAGGCCGGCGGCCGGCGGCACUGUGACAGAUCUGGAGUUUGACCUGAGCCCAGACGCCGUCAUCUCCUCGCUGGGCAAACCUGUCACUUUGCAGUGCACCCUAAAAGGCACAGGGGAUGAGGAAGUGGACCCCCCCGAUGUGCUCUGGCUGAGAGACGGUGUGCCCCUUCUGUACGCGGACACCAAUCAGGUCCAACUCCACACCGGCGGCACCAGCUGGACGAUCAUGAGCACACUCAGUAUUGAGAAGGUCCAGCUUCCCGACAUGGGCGCCUACCGAUGUGCCGUUCUAUCUGAAAGUCACCAGACCAUGUCUGAGGAGGGGAGCAUUCAGCUGGAGGGCCUUCCUCAUUUCUCCGUGGAGCCCCAGCACAUGUCCGUAGUGGCCAACGUAUCCCUGGCCCUGAGCUGUGUGGCCCACGGACCUCCAGAGCCGGUUAGGGUCAUCUGGCUUCAGGACGGCGCUCCUCUCAACUCCCUGUCGGACCCCGUGGCUCUGUCGCCGUCCACGCUCAACCUCACAGGUUUGAACCGGACGAGCACUUUUUCUUGUGAGGCCCAUAACCACAAAGGAGUGGCCACCUCUGGAUCUGGUACCAUCACUGUCCUCCCGUCGAAGCCUCAGCACCUGAGAGCCGUGGAGGCCACGCCGACCGGUCUCCGUUUAACAUGGCAGCCCGCUUUUGGGGGCGACUACCCGAUAGUCCGCUGCACUGUUCAGGCCAAACAUUCAGGAGGGUCCUCCUCAGCAGGCCCAGAUAAGAUGAUCCACAACCAGAAUGUGAGCGUCCCACCAGCCGCGCACUUCAUCGGGGAGCUGGAGCCACACAGCCUCUACGCUGUCAGGGUGGCCUGUCACAGCAGCCAGGGCCCAUCUGAUUGGUCGCCCUGGGUGGAGCUACGCACCAAAGAAGGAGUGCCAGAAAACCCUCCGGUCAACGUGAGCGUGGCGCUGAACGGGACGGAUGUGCUGGUGACUUGGGAGCAGCCUGCGGGGAAGCUGAACGGAGAGCUGCAGGGCUACCUGGUGGAGUACAGCACCCCUGUCACGCAUCAGUUAAUCGCAGACACCGGACUGGACACCGAGCUGUCAAUCAACCUGUCCGUCCCCCUCUCCAAUGUGUCCUUUCGAGUGUGCGCUUAUACAGGGGCGGGGCAAGGACCCUGGAGCCCCACACAGACCCUGACUCUUAUUGCUCCCGAGAUGGAGGAAUUUCGAGGUCCAUCCUCGACCCCGGCCUUUUCCUGGCACUGGUGGUAUGUGGUGAUGGCUGUCGCCGGCGCCGUGUCCAUAGCUGUGCUCAUGGCUGUUUACGUGGCCAAGCUGCGGCGCAAGGAGACGCGGUUUGGGGAGGCUUUUGAACCCAUGAUGGACAGCGGAGAGCUGGUGGUCAGGUACCGCGCUCGCCGCACCUACAGCCGGAGGACCACAGAAGCAACACUGAACAGCCUGGGAAUCAGCGACGAACUGAAGCAGAAGCUCCAAGACGUGAUGGUGGACAGACAUAAACUCACCCUGGGAAAGACGCUGGGAGAAGGGGAGUUUGGCUCCGUGAUGGAGGGGAUGCUGACUCAGGAGGAAGCUGUUCUCAAAGUUGCUGUGAAGACUAUGAAGAUUGCCAUUUGCACCCGCUCAGAGAUGGAAGAUUUCCUCCGCGAGGCGGCCUGCAUGAAAGAGUUUGACCAUCCCAAUGUCAUGAGGCUUCUGGGUGUGUGUCUGCAAACUGUGGAGAGUGAAGGUUACCCCUCCCCCGUGGUCAUCCUGCCUUACAUGAAGCACGGAGACCUGCACAGCUAUCUACUCUACUCAAGGCUGGGAGACUGUCCUGUGUACCUCCCGUCUCAAAUGCUGAUAAAGUUCAUGACCGACAUUGCCCGAGGGAUGGAAUACCUCAGCAGCAAGAACUUCAUCCACAGAGACCUCGCUGCUCGCAACUGCAUGCUGAACGAGAACAUGAACGUCUGUGUGGCCGACUUUGGCCUCUCCAAGAAGAUCUACAACGGAGACUACUACAGGCAGGGCCGGAUCUCAAAGAUGCCCGUCAAAUGGAUCGCUAUCGAAAGCUUGGCCGACCGUGUCUACACCACCAAGAGCGACGGGUGGUCGUUUGGAGUCACCAUGUGGGAGAUUGCCACGCGCGGCCAGACUCCGUACCCCGGCGUUGAGAACAGUGAGAUUUAUGACUACUUGAGACAAGGAAACCGUCUCAAACAGCCUCCAGACUGCCUGGACAGCAUCUACGCCCUGAUGUUCUCCUGCUGGCUGCUGAGUCCUAAGGACCGCCCCUCCUUUGAGAACCUGCGCUGUGAGCUGGAAAAGACCCUGAAGGAUCUGCCGGACACCCAGGACCCCGACGAGAUCCUGUACGUCAACAUGGACGAGUCCUCCAUGGAGCUCGGAGCCGUCGGCGGCCGCGACCCGGUCCGCGGGCCGACCCCUCUCUGCCUGAAGGGUCUGGAUUCCGUGACUACCGUGGAGGUCCACCACCCCAACCGCUACGUCCUCUGCCCCCAAUACGAGACCAACCGAGCCCUCUCGGACUCCCUGGAGAGCCUGGACAUGCGGGUGUCGUCCUCCACGGCCACGCUGCCUCUACAGCCGUCGUGCCACUCCACUCCCAAUCCCACGCCCGCCCCCACCCCGACUGUGGAGCUGCUGGAGGACAGGGACAUGUCCAGGAGAAUGCCCUGGCAGUGAUGGCUCCACUUUUAAAGCACGUCUCAUCACUGCCUUUUCCUUUAAAUCCCAGUCCAUGAACCGAGAUCCUGCCUCUUGAUGCUGACUUUAACAAACCCUUGUGUGAGAUUUCUGAACACAAAUGAACACACAACCGACGGCAUUCAGAGGAAGUGGAGGAUCAGGUUCGCGUUCCCUCUCUUCUAAAACGAGCACAUAUUUUAAGUGGGUGUAAAAGUAUGUCACAGUGGGUGACUGAUUCCCACGAACACUGCAGCACAAUCAGAGAUAUGCAUCCCAGCAAUAAAAGACCGGAUCUGCGAAACUACCUGUAUACAGCAGAUGGAUCUCUUCCAUGUGAUUAAGCUAACACAAGUCUCUGUGAAACCAGCUCACACACUGCCAGGAUGAAUCCACAACCAAACACACUCAGGCCUGAACGCUAACGCAGAGAAUCCCUCAACUAAAGUUCUCUAAACCUGAAUUUAAAAGACUUUUUUCUCCCCUAUAGCAGCAACACAAUAUGAAAUAUUUAAAGAAGUAUGAGAAUUAAGAGACCAAAUACCUUUUAGUUUGAAACUGUUUCGAAUGAGGAGUCCUCCAUCCCCAGCAGUUUGUUUGGUGGCCUAAUGUAGUGCUCCAGGUGGGACUUCAAGUAGCCCUUUAAACCCAACACGCCGUUUACACGUCACAAGCAGGAGAGAUGCAAUAAAAGGCUCGAUUCAACAUCUUCACAUCUUUCAUAACUCAGGAACCUUUACUGACAGAGGUGAUGGUCAAACAAAGAGGACAGAGGUGAUGGUCAAACAAAGAGGACAGAGGUGAUGGUCAAACAAAGAGGACAGAGGUGAUGGUCAAACAAAGAGGGACAGAGGUGAUGGUCAAACAAAGAGGACAGAGGUACUGGUCAAACAAAGAGGGACAGAGGUGAUGAUCAAACAAAGAGGACAGAGGUACUGGUCAAACAAAGAGGGACAGAGGUGAUGGUCAAACAAAGAGGACAGAGGUGAUGGUCAAACAAAGAGGACAGAGGUACUGGUCAAACAAAGGGGGACAGAGGUGAUGAUCAAACAAAGGGGGACAGAGGUGAUGGUCAAACAAAGAGGACAGAGGUACUGGUCAAACAAAGGGGGACAGAGGUGAUGGUCAAACAAAGGGGGACAGAGGUGAUGGUCAAACAAAGAGGACAGAGGUACUGGUCAAACAAUUGGAGGUGGUUGGAUGGACUAAUGGACGGUGCAUGACGGAGUAACUCGAGGCACGCAGCAGGAUGAGCUCCUUCGCCUUUGUCUUUGGCUCAAGCACAGUGUUAUUAUACACUUUUGUAAUUAUUUUUUUCAAUGCUGAUUUUUGUAUUUCAACAACUUUGCACUAAUGUCUUUUUUAUAUAGAUUAUUCAAUGUUUGUUCAUAAUUUGUAUAUCUUUUGUAUGCUUUUCCUCUCAAUUUCAUGUUAUAAAUAUCUUUGAGUCGGCCUGCAGACACCUCUCAUGAAAUCAGUUGCAAAUUCACUAAGGCGGAGAAUAAAGAAUGGCAGGGCGGGAUCCGGGGGACGUGAUGAGCCUCGACCCCUGAUGUCAUCCUGCUCUCUCCAGGUUCAACACUGUAAAUAGAAGAUUAGCACCAGCACAUUGGAGGAGGGGUAGGAAAGCAGCAGCGAGCGUGAUCUGCUUUGAGGUUCGCCAGCUGCAUCUUUGCAUCAUGCAGGCACUUAUUUUGUAAAUAUAUAGAUAAAUAGAUAUACACGUGUAUCUCUAUAUCUUUGCUUUAGUGCAUUCUUUUGUCAUGGAAUGGAAUGUAUUCCUAUAAUUUGUUAGGAAUGUUUUCUCAAAUGUACAUCAAAAGGUACUUGUAUAUAUGAACCAGUAUGGAGUGAUAUUUCAGCAUUACCUCUUUAAGAUCACAUACAUUUGGUACUGUGUUAUCAUAGAAUGAUGCAUCAAUUUUUGUGCAGCAUAAAUCUUUCACCAAUUUUAAAUGCAGUUACUGUGUCGAAUCAACCAGAGUGAUUUGGACGAAUAGAAAAACUAAAGGGUGACAAAGGUAACUCCUUUAGUCAAAUCUCAGAAUGUCACAACA